UACUUAGUUAGUUCCCCCCCUCCACCUCCCGGGCGGAGUAAUAUUCACUGUUUACUGUGUGAUUUGUUGUUGCACGCAUUCUCGGUACACAAGCUCGCGUGCACGGCUUCGUUAUCUCAUACUAGCGAAUCGGUACCCUCCGCGUGCGCCCUGUUAGCUGCUGUAAAGCGUUUUUUUCCGUUCUGGACAACAUGGACAGGAAGUGAAGCCAGCUCUGAGAAUAAUCUAAAGCCACUUGUGACAGUUUGUGACAUCAGAACUACUGUAAGCUGAAGUCUGAUUGGAGGAAUGGCGUGCCAGUCGACCCUGCACCAGUGAUCAGGCCAGGACACUCCAGUGGUGACAUCCUGUGGAGCCAUAGAUUAAAGUAAGUACCUCACAGAAACAUCAGUAGACACCAGCAUUUGGUUAAGAAACACGACUCGUGCACCAGCUUUUGGUGCAUUCUUCCUAAUGUCUUCUCAAAGAAGGGCAUUAUAUGGUAAUAGUUGUGAGUUUGAAUGCCAGAGGAUGAUAAGAAAGGUUUUGCAUAGUAACCGAUUUCCUCUUUUCCUGAUGCAGUUGCAUGUUGACAUGAGUUUGAAUGCUUAAAUGCGUGCAAGGGGCCAGGUCAGUGAGUCGUGCUAGUGUUCAGAGUUAACUGUGAACCUGAAAAGUAAAGAAAAUUGCAGAUAGUGUGCUGGCUCAUGUCUGCAUCCCCAGACUAUCCUAGAAGUCAUUACUCCUUGUGUGGUGUAUAAACACGUCAAAAACAAACAAUGACCCUGGGCAGACUCCACACUGCAAAACAAUUUCAAAGCCUGCAGUGUAGUGUAAACACAAAACAUGGCUAACCUUCACGCAGGGAAGACUUCACCUUAAACCCGGUGUUUGUUUUAUAGUCCCUGUCGACCUUGGUCAGAUAUAGUUUACAUCUCUUUGGUUCUUUCAGGUCGAUGUAGCUCGGGUUCUGUGCUGACAUUUACGGUUGAAGCUUUUCAGUAAACAACAUGUGGCUCGGAAACAGACUAUUAAUGGAGAUCUUAUUAGUCAGGUGUUCACAUUAAAAAAAGAUAGAGAUGAACUUUGCUCACAGUGGUGAUUGUGACAUGACUGAUAUUCAGUGUUGUUGUAAACCAAGUGUAAACACUGCCUCGCGGGGUGUAGAUUUCCCAUACAGACACUCUAUGUAUCGAGCAAUGAAUAUUCAUUUUCUCCUCUCGUAGACUCUUCUGCCUCUGUGAGCUCUUUCACACUGAGCCGGGGGUGACUGUAAGACGAGGUGAACCCAUAUUUUUAAUAAAGCCCAGCUGCUGAAUGAUCAAAUAGAGUCUCUAAUUAAAGCCUGAGUGUACACCCAUGUAAAAUUCUCUCUGGAAUGCUAACAACCUGUGAUAUUUCCAGAGGAAUUUGCUGUGAAGGUCUCAGAGAAGGAAAGGGAUUCAAGUGUUUGGGGUUCAGAGGGAGGAGGGGCAGUGUUCGUGUGGCAAGGCAACAUGUUGUUCACAUCCGUGUCAGAUUGAGGCUAAUGAAGGCCAGGCUGAUCCUUGGAUGCAAGCCUUAAGUAAAUGAUCCCUCUUUGAAUAUAUUAGCGCUCCGUAGCAGCGUUGUGCCUCCCUGCCGUGCCAGCGCUGCUACGUGUUGUCUCGUGGUCUGACGAGGCCAGUCGAAAUGGCAGUCACGGUGUUCGAUCACGCCGUGUGCCGUUGAGUGUGAUUUCAGUUUGUUUUACAGCAGUGAUGUUACAUUGACUUGGUGGUGAGGAAGUACUCUGGCUGAUCAUUUCCAGGUUAGUGUGUCUGCAAAACAGUUUGAUAGUAAAUGGAAAGUAUGAGUGUUGUGUCAUUUGGCAAUGUAAAUGAGCCAUCUCAAAUUUUUCCCCACCCUCUUAAGAGGGAUUGCAUUUACAUAGCAGGCAAGGGUUUGAUACUCAAGCAGAUGGUUCGUGUAGACAAAAGCUGAAUUUACUGUUAUUUUUAGUGUAGUUUUGAAUUUAGUCAUUUCUAUUCAUUUUUGUCUUUUUCGAUUAAUUUGUUCGACAAUAAUCGGAAAAAAAAACACAGUUUUAAAUUCAGUGAACACACAUUGCUAUCAGAACUGUUUCCACUGCAAUUUAUGGUCACAGCAGCACUUAACAUGGAAAUGAAUCCUAAGCUAGUAAUUAUAAAGCACUUUGGAUUAUUAAUUGGAAAGACAAGGACAUAGAAAUGAAACAAUUGUGAAUGCACCCCUCCUAAGCUGCUGUAGCAUCUCAUUAAUAAAUACCUUUCUGGUUCUUUAGUGCUGUGCCCGCCUUGCUGAUUGAAACAAUGUCAUUUGAUUUUCGCUGAUAAAGCAUCUGUGCUUCAUAGAUGGAUGGAUUGGAUGGAUCCAAUUAGCCAUAGUCAUCGCUCAUGUAUUUAAGCUGACAGUGGAAGUCUUGCGUAGAAUAUCCUUGAUUUUGGUAGUUUUGUGAGGCGCUCAUGCAGAGUACUUUGAAAGCCCAUAAAGAGCGGACUGUGAAGAAUGCUCCCUUGAUGCAGCUUUGAUUUACAGCAAAUUUUUUCAAUUAGACGUGGGAGGGAAGUAAUUGAUUUUCAGUAGGUAGUGUACAAUGAUUGGAAAUUCUUAAAGGAUGAGAAAGUGACCAAGAUCCAUAACUUUUUUCCUUUCACUGUGUAUUAUAUACAAUCAGCGCCGCAAUUACUUGGGGCUUUUACUUAACAUUUCAUACAGGUUUUAUUAGUAGGUAAUGCAUCUUUUUAUACAGAGCACUCACAUUCUACAACCUACACAUUUACAGCAGGUUAUGAGGAUUGAUGGCUUGUAGUAGCAGCUGCACAGGUGCACCUAGUGUCUCAUAAGGCAUUCUGACCUUCUGCACAGCACAUACCAUGCUGGCCUGUUUGUAAACGCCAGCCCUGUUUGUAAACACGAACAGAGAGAUGAGAAGCAGAUUUGCCCCGGUCGCGCUCACAAGACAGGCACAACACAACGUGACAAGCAACAGAUGUGUCACACAGGCUGAAAUCAAAACAGCCGUCCAGCAUGGAGUUGUGCACACCAUCAGACAUGGAUGCUGUGAUGAGGCGGGGAGGCAGCGAGCACUGCUGGCAGAUGAGACAAGGCAGCGCCUCUGCUGCUCCCAGCUUCCUGUCUAGAAGAGGACAGGACUGUUUGUAGGCUGCUUUGACACUCCUAGUCACUUUGUCAUCUGGGGUGCUCACUGCAGCUCUGAUCACAUGUACACAUUGCAUUCAAAGAGCGUCAUAUCAGCCGUGUGACAGGUAGGCUCCCAAUGAGACAACAGCCAAAGGGGAUGUCCUUUUCAAUACACUGUGUGAGCACAAACGCACAGUGCGCCAAGGCAAAAUAACAUCAUAUGACAUCAUUCGGAAUGCUCUUAUGCUGUCUUCUCUGUUUGGAAAGAUGGUGCGGGUUUGGUUCUGCCCUGCCUAAUAACAGAAAGGUCUUUAUGGAGAUGCAUGUCCACUCCGUGCAAACCGACAGUUUGACAGCAGCAGUAAAAGUGCAGCUUCACACAGGCAGCACACUAAUAAUAUUCUAUCAUAUAAUCUGCCUUUUGCCACUGCCCCAUAAGCAAACAACACGGCUUCACUUUGAGCCAUGGGAAGAGAAACAGGAAUCCGUCAUCAGAACAAGUGCAUGAAUGAAGGUGCGGCAACAGCUGCUUGACUGAGCACAUACAACAGACUGUCACCCCACAUCUGUUUACCACUUUGACAACCACAUGAGUGUUUAUAUCCAUGAGUGUAAUUGAGCUAUUUUCCCGAGGGCAGCUGUAACCCACACUAAGUUAUAGCCCAACUUUCCAUUAAAGCGUGGGGGGAAGUUUUACUGAUAGCAAUCACGCUCAGCAACACUGCUAUGUAAAUACAGCUUAUCAGCUUUGCCAAUUUGGUUAAGUGGCAUGUACGUGGGUGAUUCAAACAUCUAGCUCUGUGGCUGUGACACUGGCCACAUACUGGAGACAUUUAAUAAACAUUGGUAACUUGCAUUAUUAACAAGUAUAUAUGCAGCAAGAACAUAAUAAUGAAAAUGAUGGCAUGUCAAACCAAUAUUGUGCGGAAAAGAUGCAAAUAAACUGAAAAAAUAUUCAGGCUGCCAUGUGGUCAAACUUAACUGUCUGCAUGCAGCAUGUACAGUAUAUGGAAAUUGAAAUGGGAAUAUCUAGAUCUAAAACGUGCCAUUUAAAUAUUCAAAUGUUAACACCAAACAAUAUAAUGCAUUAUGGCUUUUAGUAUUUGCAUACAACUCUGUUUGCUGCUGUAAGCUGGGGGUAAUACAAGGAAGAGAGAGGGAGAAAGAUAGUGAGGGAGAAACACUGAGCGGAUAUGGAGCACACAAACAAAGCCUUUGUGUGCCAGUAAUAGGAAAAUGACAUUUGAUUACUGUGUGAAUUUUUAUGGUAGCUUAAUUUAACAGUUAAUGGUUAUUUUGUAUAUCUUUAAGUCUUUACUGUUUUAGGGAAACUACAACUUCCAUCACACACUGAACCUUUGCUAAUUUGUAGAUGGCUCUGUCUUGAUGCAUGCUCAGUCAUCCAGGUAAGUAAAUCCCAAAAGGUUGAUUCUGUUCAUCUGGACGUAACGUUUUCAGUGGGAGAAACGUUUCGUCACUCACAACAAUGGGCUGUGACCUCACAGUUCCCCAUUGUUCAGUCUGUGGUGCUAGUUUCAGGCACUGUUUGUAAGGUUGGGGAAACCUGCAGUCAGCUGAGACUGAAGAAGUCACUUGGACGAGUGACGAAACGUUUCUCCCACCGAAAACGUUACAUCCAGAUGAACAGAAUCAACCUUUUGGGAUGUAGACGGAUAUUUUUUAAAACAAUGUAAAUCAGACGUUAGCUGAAACUACCAUUUAUUCUUGUUUGAUGGAGGUCAUGUUGAUACAUGUUUUUUCUAUACUUUCCAUUUUUGUAAAAUGUAUUCCCAGUUGCAGCGUCUCAUUUUCAAGUGAAGUUCAUUCAAGAUGUUCAGAAUUUGGCCAUUAUUGAAAAGCUAUUGCACCUGGUAAGGUUGGGGAAAAUGUUAAAAUUAUCUGUACUGUCUUGGUUUGCAAGUUAAUCAUUUCCCAAAUUGAAUUCACAUAGGGGCAGGCCAGUAAGCGAGGUCAACCACUCACUGACAGCCAAUAUAUUUGUCCAGUCGCCUUGCCCAAACACAGGAGAAGUGCUUCUGUAAAGGUAGAAACCUUUAGCUCUUGAGAACUGUGUCAGAUUUAUUUAUUUCCUUGUUCUUAAUCAUUCAUUUACAGUUACAAAUAAACUGCUGUAUUUGUUACUGAAGAAAACGCUUGUUUAAGGAAAUGAAUGUAUUUAUUUAUUGUAGCACCUGUGACUUGCUAGGUGGCAGGAUCAGAUAUCACAUAGCUACAGACAAAUGAAGCAGUCGUUUGACCACAGGAACAGUGGCUUAGUUUCACAAAAAUACAUUUCAAAUAUAAAAAACAUCAUCCACAGAUAAAAAAAACAAGGUCAGUGUACAGUGUUGAUAAGAAGGUCGUACGAAGUCUGAAAUUUAACUUGCUUAUAGCUGUAGAUACCCUGAUAAUGAGGUUGUUGACUGUUAACUGAUGCUUUACCAUGAGGACACUUCUUCACUCUGCACCACUGUCUGCUCAGCUGUGAUGCGCCUCUGCUGCAUGUGCCGUUGACAGUACUGCAAAGAUGUGAAAGGCAGAGUCAGUGCUGCCCUGCAGGACAGACUAUAGGACCACAACAUUUAUAAAUACCCCCCCCCCAACCAUUUUUUUCUGCUUUUUGUUCUUGUAAUAAAAUUUUGUUAUUAAGUUUCAAAUCUGUGCAUAUCAAACAACAGAUUUGCAAAUAUGCAGCACACUGGUUUGGAAGAAAAGGGCCGUGAGGAAUAGAUUUCACUUGAGAUAAUUUUAGAUAUGUUAUUAACAUAUUUCUCUUAUAUUAGAAAUAUACAGCACACAGAUACAGAUACAGAGGCAUGGUGAAAAGAAGACAGCAGGACAGGAGUCGACCGUGGUCACUGUCUGACAGGGUUAAACUUAGUGAAGGAUUGCCAGUCCAAACUGUGACAUCUGUAGCCACCAUCAACACGUACUGUAAUUAAGUAGAAUCUGUGAGCUUUAAUUCUAUUUGCUGUCCAAUAACAGCUCCCUGUAAUGAAUAAUUUAAGGAAUAAGGGAGGCUGUUACUUGACGCCUUUUCACUUUGCGUUUAAAUUUAGCUGGUGUCAUUGUCCGGCAGUGUGAUUAAUAGUUUAUCAGUCUCGACUAUACAUCUCCAUGAAAUAUCUCUUUCCAUCUGUCAUUGAACUGCACAUGGAAAUUGGUUAGAUUUUUAAUCAGGCACAGCUUAGGCCAGCUGAAAAAGGAAAAUUACCAAAGGAACCUGCUCUCACAAUGCACUCACAUGCAGGUAAGACACUGGAUGUCGUUUGUGGAAUAAGUCUUUCUGCCUCUGUGGCUCUGCUCACAGUUCAUCUCUUUUUUUUUGUCUUUUUCGUAUGAUAAUUACAUUGAGACCUCAUACAGGCUAGAGUGUGCAGCCUAAAUGUGGUUUUAAAUAAGCCUGAGGUGUGUAACAGUGAAAGUGAGUUGUGAAAGAGGCGCCUGCCACAAGGGGGUUGACCAGUGAGCCAGAGAUUGGCUUCCCUGUCAAAUAAAGAUUAGGUCUUUAUUUCACAGUCUAAUCCCUGCAAAUCUCUUAUUGAAGAACUUGGAUGGUGCAGCGCUUCUAAUGGCACAGAGACUUCACUGUCUGCGUUUCUUCUUUAUCUCUGAAUGUACACAAGUGGAUACAGCAACCUCUGGUCCCGGGUUAGUCAGUCUAUUUAAUCUGGAUUACAACUCUUAUUAAGUUGACCAAGGUUACCUUAGUUCCUACUAACAAGCUGCAUUGCAUUAAAGCUGCUCGUGGCUUUUUACAUUCUGCUACUACGCUGUAGCCAAGUUGGGGCUGUAUUGCGACUUUUCUAGUUAUUGAAUAUCUUCAUUUUUCCCCUCCCAACUAUGCAGAACAUUCUUUUUAUUGAAUUAUUAAUGUGAAUUUUGAAUUAUUGAAGGAAGAUAAUUUCUGAUCAGAUUAAUAUUAACUCCCUGUGAAAUAUUAAUGACUAAUGUUAAAAACGAUGAACUUACAGAACCAUUAAUAUAAUCAUAAACAGACAUAGUAGUGGUGACACAGAGUCAAAUGUGCCAGGGCCGCUCCAGCCUCUUUUAAUGCAGCUUCCCUUGAGGUUGGUGAAUGUGAAAUAUUGCAGGAGUCUACUUUGUACUCAGAAGCUUGGCUAAUGUCAUUGGCCAGCCCUGCCCCCGGGGCUGGCGGCGGUGUCACGGGGGGAAGUUCACCAGCAUUUGUCUCCAGGUUACCUUUGUGACCUUGUCCACAGAUGACCUGAACUAUGGCCAGGGGAAAAGUCACAAAGAUGUUUUGUUGUUAACAUUAAGCUGGUCCCCUUAUCACCUCCACUGAUUGGCAGCGCUCCACUGACAGCUCGAGUUAUUCUGCUCCACCCCCAACUUUUGCUCCGAAGCCUGGUGGCUAAAUACGACCGACCAUUCUUUAUCUGUUUUUCACAAGGAGUGGCACAAAGUGAGUUUCAUCAUGCAAGCCUUGAGCAGGUUAAAUCUAGUCUUUUGUCAGUUUUGAUUAAAACUCUCUUUAGAUUAAUGAUAUUCAGCAAAGAUUUGAUCUAUCAUUUGCCAUUCUUUGGGUUUGUUAUUACGAUCAUCCCAUUGUAUUUAUAAAAUAUGGAAAUCAGACAAAAAUAAACCAUUAUUCUAACAUAAUGGUAAGCACCUCGAAAAUAUGGUUACAUUAAUUAUGUUUUAAAUGCUAAUGCUAGUGAAGAACAUAAUAACGAAGACAUGAAAGACUCCCUAUUCAAAAUCUGAUAGCCAGGGAGAAGCAAAUUAUUUCAAAUAUUUGAUAUUUAAAUUAUUUUCAAAUGAACUGAGACAUGAGUAGAGUAGAGGCGAGUAGUUUCCCCUGGUGAUCCUUCAGGGUCCUUUGUUUCCGUGGUGUGUCUCCAGCUCAUUAAUGUUCUAAGCAUGUGAGGGAACCAGACCAUACCCCAUAACCCAUAGCCGGAUGACACCUCAGGCCCAACACACAUGCAGUGCAUGCGCAUACAUUCACACGCAUGCACACACGUACACAAAAAUCCCUCAGCUGUUUAAAGUCCACUGGCUCUUUCAGGAAGUGAUGGCCGCCGUGCUGUCCUGAUUAAAAUGACAAUAGUCUAAUUAACUCGACCCCAGUGUCAGUGCACUAAACGGCUGAUGGCCCGCCAGUUCCUGUUUGAAAACCCUUUGUCUCCUCAUCAUCCAAAAAUAUGACUUUUUUUUUUUUUUUUUUUUUUUUUACAGCAAAAUGCCUCAACCCCAUUUGACGGGAUUUGCUAAUGGCAAUUAUUUCUCAUGAGCUAAUUAAAUCUAGGCAAAGUUUUCCAUUCUUUUUUUCUUCCUGCUGCAGAAAUCCGUCUGUACAAUCCUCCUGGGAUUUUUCAUUCACGGUAUAAUAUCACAAGCAGCUUCAAGCAAUGCUAGUCAUUUAGAUUAUAUACAAUUGUAAAGAGGUGUUUUGGUGUUCAGACUGAUUAUAUUUGCUUUUUUUCUACCACUUUUAAUCGAAUCGCUUAUUGAUCCAACAUCGUGAUCCUUUCAGAGCCAACCCAAAGCCCCUGCUGGUCAACAGGUCAAACCGCCUGAUAAAAAGGAGCCAAAGAUGACGCGUUCAAGCAAAUCGGCCAAAAUCUUUUAACCUCCUUAACUAACAGUUUUUGAAAAUGAGACUUUAAUCCAGCCCCCAUUAAUCUUUUGCAUUGUUUGAUGGACUCGUCUAAAGUGCGGAGGAAAGAAAAAAAGAACAACAACAUUAAAAAAAAAAAACCUUUAAUGACUGAAGAAGAAACUGCUUUUUGUUCUAUUAUCCUUCUGUUGGUGAUUAAGGUCUGUAGGGAGAUAAUUACGCUUUAGUCUGGAGUUAAUGAAAUGAAAACUUCUCUUUUCUUGUGGAAAGGAAGGGCAGAUCUUUUGUACUGCUAUCUGCAGACAUCUCCCACCCUUGACAGGGCACACAGAGAAUUGGUUUUGUUUUAAGGUUGCAAGCCCCCUCCGCUGCCUGUCAGUCCAUGGAUGAUAUGAGGGAUCUGUGAAUGAAGCCAGAGUCAAUGAGGUCUGCCUCCGCUGCACUAGUGAAGCUUUCUGUUCUUCCUGUGAACAUAAAAUAUGCUGUAAAACAUCAAAUGACAACAUCACAGGAGGUCAUCAGAGUGAAAUAAAAAUAAAUAAAUAAAAUGCAUGUUCAUUCUGUGUAUUACAUGUUUUAGUGUUGUUACAGCAACAAGCAUGUGUUCACCAACAAAUGACCCCACUUUGUUGAGCACCAAAGGAAUGCACAGAUUUGAAUUUAUCACAUGGCAACACGGGGGCCAUAUGUGUCAUCUGACUUCAGAUGCCCCUUUUGAACACGUGGUGCUGUUGACUAAACUAUUGUACGGUACAAAUGGUGGCCAGAGAGCACAUAUUAUGCUGUCCUUGUAGAAGUUCACAUCUGGUGUGAGGAGCUAUGUGUGUCACUUUAUGUGUGUGUGUGUGUGUGUGUAGGGCAGCAGCACCUCCCCACCCCUCCUGUCCCUCUUGCCCCUCCAACAGCACUCUCACAUUUCAUCAUCUGUUCUCCAGCGCUACGGUGCUCCGGCACAAGUUGGCCGCUCUGGAUCCAUCUGUUGUUAUUAUUUUCUACUGAUAAUUGGCUUGAACAAUGGAAUGCCUGUGUCCCCCUUGCCUUUGAAACCCAACACCCUGUUUAUUUUCCCGAGGUCUCAUUUCUGCUCUUUUUCCCUCUAUCCUACCCUCUCUCACCCCUCAAUUUCUCUCUCUCGCUCCUCUCCUGUCAACUUGUGUCACCUCACCCCUAGCCCCUCCUUUUCCCCUGAUCCAUUUGAGAGGGUUUCACAUGAAAAUUGCAUCUUUGACUGGCCACAUCAGUAUGUGUCACUCAGCAUCUGAUGCUUCUCUCUAGACUUUCUGGAGGGGCUCCGCUUCCAUUCUUUUUGUUUUGUUUUUACUAAGAUAGGAUUUUCUUUUCUCUCGCUUUUUUCAGGAGCUUCCCACUUACAGCACAAACUUCUGCAUUCCUGGCCCAAGAAUCAGAUGAAGCAAAUAAGAAGGUGUGGGGGAGGGAUCAGGGGUGUAGAGAGGAGAGUGGGAACAGCAGAGUGUCUUUAGGAAGAAAGGCAUUGGACGAUGGAUGUUCGUAAAAAUCACUUUUUCCUCCCUGCUAAAAUUCAGGUUUUCCACCAGGGGGUGGGAAGAAGAGAAGCAUAUGUAAGGAAGAACAAGAAGAUCACAAGGUGUACUUUCAUUUUAAUCGAGGACAUCAUUUAAUAAAAGCCCACACCAAAAAAUGACCUACUUACAUUAAUUAAAUUUGAUAUUUAAAAAUUUAAUUAGUAUUUUAGGUUGUAAUUAAGUAGUUUCAUGUUGAAGACUUCAUGCUCUGGUGACAUUUUUAGACUGGUACAUUUUAUUUAGUCAGAAUUUUAUCCUCAGCCUUGCAGAGUGCCUAUUGAUGAAGUAAUUAGCUGUGUGUAUGUAAAAGUAAAAUGCUCAUGUAUGGUGUUUGACAAAGUGUAGAGAAAGUCAAGUGCCUUCUGUGUAACUGUUGGGAAAUCCUCUGUUCGUGUCAUCAGAGGCAUGAGGAAGUUUUUUUUUUUCUUUUUUGUUUUUCCUGUUCUGGUUUUUUGACCACGCUGAUGUUAAUUUGUUCUGUAUGCUCUGUCUAAUUAAAAGAGGCUAGGACAGGUAGGGCUCCCAGCAGGCGUCUGCUCCGUGCUAGUUCUUCAUUUGCUGAGUGUUUGUGUUUAUGCAAACGGGCCUCUUCCUGCAUGUUUAAUUUAGAGCACGGCGCCGACUUUUGUUGUGUUUUGACCACAUACCUUUAGUACCUCUCAGCUCUUCAGUCUGGCCAGGCUAGUUCUCUCUCUCUCUCUUUCACUCUCUCUUAUACACACAUGCAAACUCACUUGACUACCUCAUUACUACUUAGACUACUUUCACCGCCAGCUUUCUCCUCUUCUUCAGAAGUGGAUUUCAAACACUCAGUGCUUGGAGGAAAUAUGAAUGAAUAUACAGUUUUGUAAACAUGAUGAAAGUCUGUUUAACUGUUGGAAGGGCGAGGAGGCUGUUUCACCACCGCUGGAACUGAAGAUUGCUUUAAAUAAGCAAGUCCUCGUGGAAGGUUUUUAAGUCAUGAUGCAAGAAUCUGGGACGGAGGCAACGAGCAACGGCCCAGCCAAUGAGAAUGGAGGAGCGAGCGUGGAGGGAGUACCCAGAGAGGGGCGACCAAAAAGUGCCACGCCGUCAGUGGAAGUGACUGCAGCAGAUUUCCUGCAUCUCCAGCAGCACCAGGCUCUUCAAAUGGCUCGGCAAAUACUUCUUCAGCAACAGCAGCAAUCCCAGCCACAGCAACUGCAGUCUCAGCAAAAUACUGGUCGCAAAUCCCCCAAAGCCAAUGACAAGCAGCAAAGCCUGCAGGUUCCAGUGUCAGUGGCUAUGAUGACACCUCAAGUGAUAACUCCACAGCAAAUGCAGCAGAUUCUUCAGCAACAAGUCCUGAGCCCUCAGCAGCUCCAGGUUCUUCUCCAGCAGCAACAGGCCCUCAUGUUACAACAGCAGCAACUCCAAGAAUUCUACAAGAAGCAGCAGGAACAACUCCACCUCCAGCUCCUCCAGCAGCAGCAGCAACAGCAGCAACAUGCAGGCAGCAAGCAGAGUAAAGAGCAGCAGGUGUCAGCACAGCAGUUGGCUUUCCAGCAGCAGCUCCUGCAGGUCCAGCAGGUCCAGCAGCAGCACCUGCUCAACCUUCAGAGGCAAGGACUGCUCAGCAUCCAGCCUGGACAGACUGGCCUGCCACUGCACUCCCUCACUCAGGGCAUGAUUCCGACAGAGCUGCAACAACUGUGGAAAGAGGUGACAAACGCUCACGUAAAGGAGGAGCACAACAACAGCAGCAGUAACAACGGCCACCGGGGCCUCGACCUGUCCUCCCCGGCACCGCCAAAGAACCCACUCCUCAACCAGCAUGCCUCCACCAACGGCCAGUACAUGAGUCACAAGAGAGAAGGAUCCACGCUAGAAGAGCCUUCCCCCCACAGUCACCCUCUGUACGGCCAUGGCGUUUGCAAGUGGCCCGGUUGCGAGGCAGUGUUUGAUGAUUUCCAGUCAUUCCUCAAACAUCUUAACAAUGAACACGCCCUGGAUGACAGGAGCACAGCCCAGUGUCGGGUGCAAAUGCAGGUCGUACAACAGCUGGAGCUGCAGCUAGCAAAAGACAAAGAGCGUCUGCAGGCUAUGAUGACGCACCUUCAUGUCAAGUCCACGGAGCCCAAAGCCACCCCACAGCCGCUCAACCUAGUGUCCAACGUCACGUUGUCCAAGUCGGCUCCAGAGGCCUCUCCUCCUCUGAGCCUUCCCCAGACCCCCACCACACCAACAGCACCGCUUACACCCCUCUCCCAGACCCAUUCUGUCAUCACAGCCACAAACCUCCACAGCAUGGGCCCUAUGCGACGGCGAUAUUCAGAAAAGUACAACAUGCCCAUCUCUCCAGAUAUCAGUCAGAACAAAGAGUUUUACAUGAAUACAGACGUAAGACCACCAUUCACGUAUGCCUCACUAAUAAGACAGGCAAUCCUCGAAUCUCCAGAAAAGCAGCUAACACUAAACGAAAUCUACAACUGGUUCACACGAAUGUUUGCAUAUUUUAGGCGCAACGCAGCAACGUGGAAGAAUGCAGUCCGGCAUAAUCUUAGUCUUCACAAGUGUUUUGUGCGGGUAGAAAACGUAAAAGGGGCUGUGUGGACAGUGGACGAAAUAGAGUUCCAAAAGAGACGGCCUCAAAAGAUCAGUGGAAGUCCAGCCUUAGUGAAGAACAUUCAGACCAGCUUGGGCUAUGGUCCGACCCUCUCUGCUGCCUUCCAGGCUUCAAUGGCAGAAAACAACAUACCUCUAUACACUACUGCUUCCAUUGGAAGUCCCACCCUCAAUUCCCUGGCCAACGCCAUCCGUGAGGAGAUGAAUGGAGCAAUGGACCAUGGAAACAGCAACGGCAGUGACAGCAGCCCGGGACGCUCGCCCCUGCCAGCUAUGCAUCACAUCAGCGUUAAGGAGGAACCACUGGACCCCGAAGACCACGACGGGCCCCUCUCCCUGGUAACGACUGCCAAUCACAGUCCGGAUUUCGAUCACCACAGAGAUUACGAUGACGAGCAGGGCCACGACGACAUGCUGUAAGGCUAGCGCCGCCCACCUCCCUCCCCAGCCUCAGAGGCCGAGGCAGUCCGGGUCAUUCGGGAGACAGAAACGCUCUGCAGAUAACAAACACUGAACUGCAGUCUCAGCCACUGAUGACAGCUCGCAAAUGUCUCCAAGUUGACUUUUUUUUAGUGCCAUUAAAAUACAUAGCAAGAACACAUAUGAGAAAACACAGAUGAUGCCCCCACAUGAGGGCUCUUUUUUCCCUCCGAUUCCUUUCUACUUUUGAUUUAAGUAGCGCUUAAAACGUGAAAACAAACUUCGUUUCUACUCAUCUGUCGGACAGACUGUAUUUUUUUUUUUUUUGGUACGGGGGGGGUGCAACGUGUCCGUGCUAUGGGAUAACCCUUGCCACGCAGCCAGGACGGACUGCACUCAACGGACUGCAGAAGAGGAGGGGGGAGGUGUUUGUCUCCCUCUCCACCCUCCCCCACGCUCCCCCCCCAAUUCCCUCUCUCAGACACACAUCUGACCAGAAACUGAAAAGAAAGAGAGGGAGAAUGACUGACGUUUAAUUUACACCGUGUGUAUGUGUGUACGUGCGAGAGAGAGCGCGAGUGCGGACUUCUGUUCAUUGUCACUGCCUUCAACACUUCUCAUUGGUUUAAUCCCUUCUACGGCGGGAGGGUUGUUUUUGUGCUUUUGGUUUGUGUUUUUUUGGGGAGGGGGGGGGUUUAAAAAGUUAUGAAAUAUAACAUAAUGUGUCUUCUCCAUCAUUCAGUGCUGUUCUAGAUGUCUUUUUGUUUUUGUUAUUGUUUCUUUGAACUGAUCAGACCUCAUGCCCAUGCUGUGGAGAUUCUGUGUGGUCAGCACUUAAUGAUGAAUGUUUAUCAUUUCUUUAAACACACUCGCAUGAAGCAGAAUGUCGCAUACCAACUAGUAUUUUUCUGUCAUUUAUUCCUCAAUCUUGCCACACACAAAAAAAACCACCACUCUGAUGUGUAGCCCGCCCCCCACUCCACCCCACCCCAACCAGACCCCCCUCCUGCUCAUGAAGUCCAUUGGCAAUGCACUACUCAUAAUGAAGGCUCUCUCCACGCAUCAAUGAAGUUUAAUUUAAGAUGCGAAUGAAUGACAGAGAAAUCAUGCAGGUUAUGAUUUAUCCUUAUGAAAUUAUACUUUAAAACAGCCCCCUCACGGCCGAGCAUGCUGAGCUGCAACAGAAUUUCUGAUCACUUACAAGCUCUGGGUUUUUUAAAGCAAAAUGAAAAUGUCAGGUGUGCACCAGCGAGAUAAUGAUUUAGACCAACUAAUUGUGAUUCCUGAACACAACUGUCAUUGUUAAUCAAACGUGUCUGCUUUUCCCCCCUUUUUUUCCAAGCUGUAAUUUCAUUCAGGGCUCGGAGAUAAACGUGCAUUCCCUGUAGUUUUAUUUGUAUCACGCGCAUGACUAGUUUUAAGUUUCGAGUGUUAAUAAUUGCACACCGGACGAACGGCUCAUUUUCUUUCAUUAAGGGAACAAAUCCCCAAGACCUGCAAUAAGCGUUGCACAUUCCAGCAUUUGACAGUCAUCGUAAAAGGGCCCAAACAUACAGCACAUACCAUUUUAUGCGAAGGUGGAUGCUUCGACGUUCGGUGUCGCCCAACAAAAGUCUGGUGGGAAUCCACGGGAAAAACUUCCAGCUUUGCUGAGAAGUUACAUUUUAGACAUGCUGAAUUUCAAGACUGCAAUCAACCACUUUUAAUCUUUUUAUUUAUUAUUAGUUUUGGUAUUAUUUGAUGUUUAUUUGGCUUUUUACUUUUGUUAAUGUUGUUGUUGAUUUGUAUUAAUAUCAUUCUGUGCCUACCAAAGAUAAACUACAAAGUCAGUGAUGUGUUUUCCAUGCAAUAGCAGAUCAGGCCAAAUAUCUCUCCUCCGUUCUUUCGGUAGCGGCGGUGUAGCCGGCGGCAGAUUGAAUCGAAGGGGGGGGAGGAAAAAAAACGCUCCUCGCACUGGUGUUUUCAUUCAUUGUUAUUAAAAAAACAGCAAACAAACAAAAAAACCAAAGGGGUGGAGCUGCAUCGAGGUUUUGCAGUGACCAAAUCUGAACGGGAGGCACCGACAGUCUGACUACACGAUGACCAAACUAGGGAAACUUCUUAUCUUUGGGCCAGUGAGCUGGGAAAAGGGAGCAGAUGACACAUGCAACAUUAGAGCGUAUGUAGAUAAAACAUAUACCGGUUAAAUGGGAAAAGCUUUGCAGAGAACAAUGUGAAAUGGAUUCUGUGCUUCAACUGGACCACACAAAUGAUUCAGUGUUUCUCUUCUUUUAUUCCUUUACCUGUGUGUAUCAUUUAAAAUGAUUGUAUGCCACUUUUUUUUUUUUUUUUAGGGAUUUUUGUUGAGAUUGGCAAGACUUCAUGAUUGUGUUUAGUUUCUGUCAACUUAUUACUUUUUAUAUUAAAAAACACUCCUGUCAACUAAUAAGCUGGGUACAAGGUACUUUAUGGCAGUUAUUGUUAUUGUUAUUAUAAUUUUUUUUCCUCUAACUUCACCGCUCAUUAGCUAAAAAGGAAAAAGGGCAAUCUGUGGCUUCCAGAAAAUGUAUUUAAUAUCAAGGCAGCUGUGGGAUGGGUCAGUUACAUCCAGGCUCAGGACCGUGAGAACAGGGGCCGAGCUCAUCCACAACCCCCCACCCCCCAGUCAACCGGCUGGUUUGUUUGGUAUUCAGAAAGGAGGGAAAAGUGCCGGUCGGUUAGAUCAUUCUCAGCAUGUGUAGCUUGACAUUACUAAAGAUAACAGCAUGAGAAAACCGUUAGGAUGCAUACCUCAGUUCAAACCUAUAGGGAAUGAUUCAAUUAAAUGAGAAAAAAUAAACAUUUCACUCAGUUGCACUUAGUUGUGUGUCUUGCAUGUGUAGUCUGAUACUGUAGAGAGAAAAUGA